AUGUCCAACGCUCAAAGCAAUCCCAACGCGGCUAUACCAACAAGGCAUUCCUGCGACAAUUGCAAGCAAGGCAGCACUUCCAAGCUGAACUGCGCGAAUCUGAAGAAGGUCGUGUGCUUCACCUGUCCUCGACGAGAUCACUUCAGCGGCGACUGUAACAAGUGGCUACCCAAGCGCGACCCCAAGAAAUACCACGAAAGGAAAGAAGUCGACAAACAAUUACAAGACUGGCAAAAUCGUUGCAACAAAGCUUUACAUCUGCUGCGAGCAUGCGACCGCAAAGACGCCGCCGACGCCUUAAUACUCCAGCGUCCAGUACUUCGCGGAUGGGAAGAACCCUCGGACAAGGAAUACACACAUGUACAUGAAUACGAAAAGGUUGCCAAUAUAUUCAGCAACCAACUUCUGGUGACCCGGGACUCAGGCCCAAUGGAUCCCCUCACCCGCUGGCACAUCGACCCCAAAAGCCCCGCGAUUGAGGAGGAAAGCCAGAAAAUCUUAUCUCACAUCCCCGUCAUCGCCCCUACCACAGCAGGCUCGAUGGCCAACUUCGUGGACCUUAUGCACAGCCGCAUCACUGUCCUAUACGAAAUGCCCGGCGACACGCUCUACAGCCGCUAUACCAUAGCCUUCAGGAUCAUCCAAACUGCCGUCCGCUGGAAAUUCACCGGUACAACCUUUACGCUGAACAAAGUUCAGGUCUCCAGCAUUCUACCUGCAGAGAUCAUGCGCCUUUUCCGGCCGCUUGAUACGCAGUUUCAGGUGUCGCAAAAAUACGUACCUCUCACCAUCAUCAAGGGCGCGGGCCAUGAGUACAUCCCCAUCCCCGAGGGCGAGAGCGCCAUCGUCGCAGACUUCCACUCCAUCCGCACCCAAACCACCGACUCCCCCACAUACCUGACCUCAGGAUUCUACCGCAUCAAAGCCGGCCCCACACGCAACAUCCCCACCUACGACUACGAGGAGACCAAGUACGUUCUCAACGGCCAAAUCGACGUACUAGACGAGGCGACCGGUGUCACACAUCACCUUGUUGCGGGCGACUUUGCUUUCUUCCACGUUGGCUCCAAGGCGCAGUUCUCGAGCAAAUCCGGUGGAACUGCGUUUUUUGCGGUUACUAGGCCGAUUAUUACGCAACAUCCGGGGUUGAAGGGUAGGGAGGAGAAGGUGCAGUCGAAGUUGUAG